UGUCUGACUUUCACACAUGGAAUGUCAACUUCCUGCUCGCUCUGCACGUCUAAGAGCUCCAAUCAGCCUGAAGAAGAGAGGCGACAAAACGGACACACAGUUGCUGCGUAACUUUAACUUUAACCCGUGUGGCAUCAGGGUCGGCCGUUCUGUUUAGUGAUUGGAGACGAGCUGCGCUGAGCCACGGAGGCUUCACCUGCUGAAAUGAUCCUCCUCAAGCUCUGCCAGGAAUCGUGACGGUAGAAAGAAGGAAGAUAAGUGAGACCGCAGCAGAAGAAUGUACGCUCCGCUUUAGGUUUGUUUACAUUUUCUCAUACAACCUGUUCCAGUUCUGCGGACACACAUGGAUUCUGGCCAACACUAUCGCCAGAUUCCUCAAAUUUGGCCGUGAUGCAUUGGCAGAUACGUUCUACUCUGUGGGCUUCAUGAUGAGCGCCUGCCAGCUGUUCUCCAUCCUGGAGCUUUUCCACAUCGCGGACGGGAUCGAGCGAGCCAGACUUCUACCUCGUUUCGUCCAGGUUAUGGAAAAAAACCUGUUGCUGAUUCUGGUCAUCAUGCUGGAGGAGAUCCAGAGUAAACCAGUCAUUUGUGUCCAGUUCCUGUCAUGGAACAUUCUAGACCUCUUAAGAUAUCCACUGGAGCUGCUGCGAAUCAUGGACACCCCCUCGGUAUCCAUGCUGUGGAUCCGCUACACCCUCUGGAUCCCUGUAUACAUCCUGUCAGUGGCCACUGAAGGCGUAACCAUCUACCAGGCCCUGCCAUUGGUUAAUGAGGCAGCACCAAACUCAUUCCACGUUCACCUUCCCUUCAUCCUGCUGAUCUACCUGCCUGUCCUGGCUCUUGGAGCUUCUGUGACCGUAUGGCAGCUGCUGAAGGAGAGGAAGCAUCAGAUGAACAGAUGGAACAAUAAGAAGAAACGAAGAUGACAAAUGAAAUCGCUCACUGAUUUAUUGCAGCUGAAACGCAUGCUAGCCUGAGACACAUCUCUCUCUCUCAGCUCCUGUGGCCUCCGUGCAUCUAAAUUCUGUCGUACGUACGCAUAAAAUUCAGUACAAAAUAAUCCGUACUCAUCAAACGUGCAUACUCCGUACGUACGCAUACUAAGUAAUGACAUCUCGUGCAUGGUUAGCGUUAUUUGCAUUCAGAAACACCUCUAACUGACCAUAUAUGGCAGCAACAAUUCCUUUUAAGGAUUCGGGAAUGGAUUGUUAUGCAUUUAUUGAAAUCGCAGCACAAGGGCGAAGAAUAGGGACGCACUCUUUACUUAUUAUCGUGACAAUCCGAAAUAGCCUGCAAAUUGUAAAUGGAAUUAAUGAAUAAAAGGGCGCUUUAAAUGGAAACUUGGGAGUUCGCAAUCCUCUGGCGAUGGCGUAAAAUCAUGCAAGUUGGAACCAGAGAAAUUAUGGCAUGGCUUUGGUGCGUUUUGUGUCUCGCUCCAACAGGGGUUGUAAAUCAAGGGAAACCAUCAGUACGUUUUUGGUGAAGCCUGCUAAGAUGCUACUGUGUGCUCUUGCUGAACAGAUUAGCAUUACGGUACUCCAAAGUCCACCAAUAGUGCAAGAUAAACCAUGGUACUUCAUCAUUCAUUCGUUCGUUUUCUUUUCAGGUAUUCAUGCCACAACUGCGUUUUGUAGCUUGUCACAGCACAUCAUUUCAAAUGUUUGCGAAAAUUACCGUAAUUUUCGGACUAUAAGGCGCACUUAAGCCUUUAAUUUUCUCAAAAAUCACCUUAUGUAUUACUUCUGGUUGCGCUUACUGAGCUCGAACCGA